ACUUUAAACAGCGACCUCGAGUGCACCGUCGAGACGCACAGGGAAGCGACGCGCAGACCUGUGUCCACUAUGGCGCUAUCAAAUGUCCUGGAGAUCCCUGCAUCCGGCUUCAACUUUGAAAACGCGGCGAGAAAUGCUGCUUUGGAGGAGCUUUUUGAGGGAGGAAAGACACCCAAACCUAUGAAAACAGGUACCACUAUAGCUGGCGUUGUAUUUAAGGAUGGAGUGGUUCUGGGCGCCGACACACGAGCUACCUCCAGUGAAGUGGUUGCUGACAAGAUGUGUGCUAAGAUCCACUAUAUUUCUCCAAACAUUUACUGUUGUGGAGCAGGAACAGCUGCAGACACAGAGAAAACUACAGACUUUCUUUCUUCAAACCUUGCGAUCUUUACUUUGAACAGCGGCAGAAACCCUCGACUGGUCAUGGCUGCAAACAUACUACAAGACAUGCUAUACAGGUAUCAUGGGAACAUUGGGGCCAAUCUGAUACUGGGAGGAGUGGACUGCACUGGGAACCACCUGUACAAAGUGGGGCCCUGGGGAAGCGUAGACACUAUGCCCUAUAUGGCAAUGGGUUCUGGAGAUCUUGCAGCUAUGGGAAUUCUGGAAGACAGAUUCAUGCCAAAUAUGGAGAUGGAGGAGGCUAAGGAGCUGGUGCGAGCUGCAAUUCAGUCGGGCAUCAUGAACGAUCUUGGUUCAGGACACAACAUUGACCUCUGUGUUAUCACCCGUGAAGGAGUUGAUUACAUCCGGCCUUUCCAGGAGUCACAGUACAAAGACAACAGGAAAACAAAGUACAAGUACCACCCUGGGACCACUCCCGUGCUGACGCAGAAAGUAGUACCAUUAAAGCUGGAGGUCGUUCAGGAGAGAGUGCAGCGGAUGGACACACCAUGAACCA